AUGGGCCUCAUUUCACUCGUUCAAGGUGCACAAGAACAAACAAGACCACGCCAAUCGGACAGAGUUAUGCCUAUUCCAGUGAAGUCGGACUCUCUGGGGGGUAAUGCACGGACUUUGAUGAUAUGCUGCAUUAGCCCAGCUGGAUCUAACUUGGAUGAAUCACUUAGCGCUGUCAAGUAUGCCAAUCGAGCACGUAAUAUCCGGAAUAUACCUGUUUCUAACCUCAACAUUUCGGACGAUUCCAGUGAGGUUUCUUCGGCUGUCACUCCAUCAAUGGCUAAUGAAAGCCGACAAAUGGCCUGCCUGAGGCAUGAAAUCUUAACCCUCAGAGCGGCGAUAGCUACGCAAAAUACAAUUGGUUCAGAUGAGUGA